AUGACACCUUUCAAAGCAUUAUAUGGGUAUGAUGCACUAUCCUUCAUUGACCUUGCUUUCGAUCAGAGUAAUGUACCCAAAUCUCGUGAUAUACUCCAGGAAUGCCAAGAUAUAAUGAAAGCACUUAAGGAAAAUUUGCAAUGUGCACAAAAUCAACAGAAAAUGUAUGCCGAUAAAAAGCGUGUUGAGCGUCACUUUGAGAUAGGAGAUUUGGUGUAUCUCAAACUUCAACCCUAUAAACAGUCAUCUCUCAAGCAUAGUGGGGCUGAGAAAUUGAAGCCUUGGUUUUAUGGGCCAUACCAAGUAAUUCGAAAAGUUGGUGCAGUGGCAUAUGAAUUAGAGUUAUUGACUGAAAGCAGAAUACAUAAUGUGCUCCACGUAUUGUGUCUCGAAAGAGCUUUGGGUCAACAAGCGAGUUUCAGAAAAUUUACCGCCACUGGAUGA